AUGGCCUUUGAUCGGUAUGUUGCCAUUUGCAAUCCACUGCACCAGAUGAUGAUGAACUGGAAAGCCUGCACCAAAAUAGUGAUUCUGGUGUGGGUCAUCAGUCUUCUCUAUGGGAUGUUGCAUACCACUGGGACCUUUUCCAUCCCUUUCUGUUCUAAUGUUGUCAACCAGUUUUUCUGUGAAAUUCCACAAUUGCUAAAGCUAUCCUGCUCUGCAUUCAGUCUAAUGGAAGUUGGAUUUCUUCUGGCUAGUAUCACUGCAGGGUUCGGUUGCUUUAUUUUUAUCAUUGUCUCUUACACUAUGAUCUUCAAAACAGGUUUGAGAAUCCCUUCUGUGACAGGAAGGCAGAAGACCUUCUCCACUUGUCUUCCCCACCUGAUAGUCUUUUCUAUGUUGUUGGUAACAGUGUGCUUGGCCUAUCUGAGACCCCCCUCUAACACACCAAAUUACUUCGAUUUCACAUUAACUGUCCUAUGUUGUUUACUUCCACCCUUAUUCAAUCCAAUCAUUUAUAGCAUAAGGAACAAGAAUAUCAAAUCUGUCCUGUCUAAAUUGUGGAGGUUCUGA